AUGCGCGGGGCGCUGCGGGAGCUGUGCGCGCUGGCGGCCGCGCUGGGCGGGUGGGUGUCGGCGCUGGCGGCCGCCGCUCUGCCGCAGUGGAGGCAGAGCUCGUACGCGGGGGACGCGAUCAUCACGGCCGUGGGGCUGCACGAGGGGCUGUGGAUGAGCUGCGCGGCGCAGAGCACCGGGCAGGUCCAGUGCCGCCUCCACGACUCGCUGCUGUCCCUCGACGUUCAUAUCCAGACAUCUCGGGCUCUCAUGGUGAUUUCUCUCCUCCUGGGCUUCUUUGGCAUCAUUGUGAGUGUGGUGGGCAUGAAAUGCACCAAAGUUGGUGAAGAAGAUCCCGUCACCAAGAGCCGCGUCGCAGUUGCUGGAGGAGCCCUCUUCAUCCUCUCUGGUCUGUGCACGUUGGUUGCUGUGUCCCUGUAUGCCACACAGGUGACCCACGAGUUCUUCAGAGAGAGCACCAUCCCCAUCAACGCCAGGUAUGAGUUCGGGUCGGCUCUGUUCAUCGGCUGGGCAGCCGCCGGCCUCACCUUGCUGGGGGGAUCCCUGCUGUGCUGCUCCUGGCCCGUGGAGGAGCGGCGUGGGCAGCAGUACCAGCGGCAGCCACAGCCCCCCACGGCUCGGGAGUACGUCUGAGGCCUGAGCCUGCCCUCCCAGCAGCACCCCAGCACUCCCCCUGACUGCU